UCACUGGUUAAAAAAAAAUUCCUGACAUUUCCAGCUUUUUCCAAAAUUUAUACUUGCCGUUGGGAUAAACCUAACUGAUGUAUUAGCUCUUCCCACCGAGUGGAUAGUGGUAUAAAAAUCGUGACAUUCGUAACCUCUUAGUGAGAUAAUUGACAAGUUAGUGAAAUGAAGUGCAUCUUAUUCUUUGUAAUUUUAGAGAAACUGACAAUUUUUCAAUCUUUUGGACAUGGAAUUUCAUCAGAAUGCCCAAAAAUAAUUUCAGAAAAUGAAAUUGUCCGCCUACCACACGAGACCGAAUGCGCAUUGUACUACUCUUGUCGAAGAGGAGAAAAAUAUUUGGCAGUAUGUCCAAAAAUAGAUCAUAUUAAUAGAUUUCAUUUCAAUCCCUCAAAACAAUUUUGUGAUUGGCCUGAAUACACUGACUGUACUAGCAAAAACAAAUUCGAAAUUCCUCCAACAAUAAGUGAUGCAAAUGGAAAAGCAACAAAAUUAGCAACUGCUGCAAGAGAACCAAAAACGAUUACAACAAGAUCAAAAGCAGCUGAAAUAGAAUUAAAACCAACUACUGUAGAUCCACAAUUAUCCCAAUAUAACAAAUUUCAGCAUUUAUAAAUAGAAAAUAGAGGUGCAAUAAUAAAAAUUA